AUGCCGUACACCUGCAAGCCCAUCUUGCCUCACUUCGCGGCCACCGUUGAGGGCUUCUCAUUGGAUGGACGCGAUCCCCUUCCUGCAGAGGUGGUGGCAAGGAUCAAAGAUGACAUGAAACACUAUCGGGUCCUGGUGUUCAAGGGCCAGGGCCGAUUGAGCGGUGAACGACAGGUGCAGAUUUCCAAGCAGUUGGGAACAAUCGAGAGCACUUUCUACAAACAUCCCAAGAGCCCUCACCCAGACAUUUUUCGAGUGUCCAACGAUGAGAGGGAAGGAUGCGUGGGCGUGGGGAGAACUGGAUGGCAUAUUGAUGGGACUUUUCAAUGGAAGCCCUUCAAGUACCAGACCAUGCACUUUCAUAGCGUUUGUGAAGGAGGUGAAACCUGGUUUGUGCCUUUGAAGGAGUUUUACGAGAUGCAAGACCAGGAGAUCGGUUCGCUGGGACAAGUAUUGGAUGGUCUCCAGUGA